GCAGGCACAAGUACGAGCAAGUUGUGAGAAGCUUCCCUGUGAUGGGGAAGAUUGAAGGCUGUGGUUUCCCCGAGAGCCUUCCUUGUUGUCUGGCCAGCUCACUGCUGUCUUGGCAUAACCUUGGCAGACUCAUUUUCCUCAUGUUUUCGGGGAGAUUGAGUGAAACAUGGAAUAAGCUUCAUUACCACUCGUUUGCAGUGAGUAAGAAAAGGGAGAGAAAAGCCUGCUCCUCCCUGAUUCGGUCCUUUCCUCUUUUUUUCCUUUCCUGUUGUUGCCACCACAUUCCUGAUGUCAUUCCUGCCAUUGUGAGCCGGCAGGCUGGCCCGCCCUCCCGGUCUGGAGGACAGCCUGUCACUAAGUCCGGGAACUGGAUGAAUGUCCCUGAAGGGUCGACCACCACCGUGAUCCUUGGGGUUACCUCCUCAGUGCCCUCCUUGCCGCUCCCCAACAUCCUCCUGAUGGCCAACGUCACCUGGCCCCAGGGUCAGUUUUCCACCCACAACACACCUGGCUGUGCUCCUGUCAUCACCCUCAGCAGGAUUCUCCCCCUGAAGUUUGUGGAGCUACAAAUCUGUGACCGGCUCCAGCGCAUCCUGCGGAUUAGGACAGUGACUGAGAAGAUCUACUACAUGAAGCUCCACGAAAGACACCCGGAGACCGUGUUUCACUUCUGGAUCCGCUUGGUGAAAAUCCUGCAGAAAGGUCUGUCCAUCACCACCAAAGACCCGAGAAUCCAGUUCACUCACUGCCUGGUGCCCAAGAAGCCCUGCAGCUCCACUGAAACAACACCUGAAAGCAGCCUCCUGUCAUCCUCCCAGCCCAGCGAAAACUUCUUGCUGUGGAAAGCCGAGCAGACUAGCGACAUUUUCUCACACUUCCCAGGAAGAGUCCAUCUCACAGAAGACAGAAAACAGGCCACUAAAAUCAAGGAUUGCAAGAGCGACAGGAAGACACCCUUGCCGGUGGCAUCUUCAGCCAAUGUGAUUGUACCUAUGAGAGCCGUUUUGGGCCACAGCCUCUGGGAACAAGAGAAUCCAGACGAGUGCUUACCACAGGCUCCUGUAGCCAGUUCCCUAGGAGAGAACUUACUGGGACCCUGACACCCACCCAAACGGGUGAUCUUCCUGGCUUUAGUCGGCGCACUGGCUACAGCCUCCCAUCAUGCUGUUUUCCCACCGUGGGCCAAUGACCAUGGGAGAAGUAAGAUGGUGUUUAAAACAAGGUGCUCCUAUACUUCCACCAAUAAACCUCCA